UUAUUUUCAGUCUCGCGAUGGAAGUCGAACAGUAAGCAGCAACGACGGCGCAUGCACACACACUCGCACACGACAGCUAAAAAAAAAAGGAGGAAAAAAGGACCGAGAAAAUAGCGGGACUAAAGAUAAGGGCUCGCACUCUCCCUUUCCCACUCAAUCGUCACGCCGUAACGCUCGCACGCGCAGUUGGAGUAUAAAACCAAACGAAACGGGGCCUGCAGGUCAUUCUUCUUCCAACCGCCGGGCCCGUGACCUCGUGUUCUGUUGUGCGCCGAUUCUCGAUCUAGCUUAGCUUUCUGGUUCUGAAUUUAUAGUGGAUAUGGACAGCAUGAGCGCAGCAGCACAUCCGUCGGAUAGGGACAGUGACAGUGACAGUGACUUGGAGAUAAUCGAAUCAAAGUCUAUGGAUAACCAUUCAGUGGCAUCUAUCCUGGCUCCGCGCAGGAUGUACACCCAGGUCCCGUCGGCGCUGGCCACACCUCCGCAGUCGCCCUCGGACGAUGGCUGGCCCCCGAAUCAGGCUGCGGAGAUGCCUCUGGUCACGGAUCUUCUGACCCGCAACGGGCAGCUUAAUGUUCCGCCGGGAUUCGUGCUGUGUAUACCGUGCUAUCUGUGCAAGCAGCCCUUCAACGACAUCGAAACCUUCAAGGAGCACCUCACGCAGCACGCGGCUGAGAUCCACGCUUGGCACACGGCGCAGGAGCAGGCAUCGCAGAAUCCGGCAAUGCCGCCGAUGCAGCCGCCUACUCAGCCGAUGUAUCAGCCGUUUCUUCCAUGGCCCAUGGAGUUCCCCCAGCAGCAGCCUCCUCCAAUGGUCUCAAUACCAGGUCCCGGUCCCAUUCAACCACCUAUGUCAAUUCCCAACCAAAUGAUAAUGGAUCAGCCACCAAUACAGUUUCCCAUACAACUGCAUCAAGAAAUGCCGGAGUUUCCAGGGCAUUGUCCCGUCCAUCAGCCACAGCCAAUGGAGUAUCCCAUUCAUCAACGCCUGCUCAGGUCAGUUCCUCUGACACCCCAAUCGCCGAUGGAAAUGAUGGAACAGCAGUUCAGCUACCAGAAGAUGCCGAUUCCUCCGCAAUAUCAGCCACCCAUGGAGCUUCGCCAUGAGCCUCAUUUCAUGAUGCAGCAGCCGGCACCACCUCCAGUUGAGCUUCAACGAAUAGUUCUUCAGAAGCCGACAGAAGCUAUGGAUAGACAUAGGCCAACGGUGCAGCCACCUCAACCCAUGAAGCUUCGCCAUGAGCCUCAUUUCAUGGUGCAGCAGCCGGCACCACCUCCAGUUGAGCUUCAACGAAUAGUUCUUCGGAAGCCGACAGAAGCUAUGGAUAGACAUAGGCCAACGGAGCAGCCACCUCAACCCAUGGAGCUUCGCCAUGAGCCUCAUUUCAUGAUGCAGCAGCCGGCACCACCUCCAGUUGAGCUUCAACGAAUAGUUCUUCAGAAGCCGACAGAAGCUAUGGAUAGACAUAUGCCAAAGGAGCAGCCACAUCAACCUUCAGAGGAGCAUCUGGAGGAUCAGUUCUCCAUCGAAAAGCAUCUGCACAUUCCCCCCUCCAUGGAACUGCAACGCAUAGUCCUGCAGAAGCCGAUAGAAGCCCUGGAUCGGCAUAUGCCAAAGGAGCAGCCACCUCAACUUCCAGAUGAGCAUCUGAAGAAUCAGUUCUCCAUUGAAAAGCGACUGCACAUUUCCCCCUCAAUGGAGCUGCAAUGCACAGUCCUGCCGAUAGAAGCCCAGGAUCGACAUAUGCCAAAGGAGCAGCAACCUCAACUUUCAGAAGAGCAUCCAAAGGAUCAGCCCCAACAGCCGGUUCCAUCGCCGAUUGAGGUCAACGAAAGCAACUUCCCAGAGGCACAAUCUCGAGCUCAAUCCCCAGAGGAGCAUCAGUUAGCCAACCAACAGCUAAAGCCGACUUCACCGGAGCUUCUACAGAAGUCAAGCAAAACCCCGUACGAACGACAUAGUGGUCGUUUCCAAUGCGAGUGGUGCGGCAAGAGGCUGAGUUCCCGCCAGUCGGUGAGGUAUCAUCAGAGUCGAUUCCACUUCAUGGAGGAUCCACCCAUCUACGAGGUCAGCAAAAACGUGCAAAAGCACUUCAAGUGCACCACCUGCAAAAAGCGGUACAAGCGUCGCACCUUCUUGCUGAUGCACAUGAAGAUCAAGCACGGAAUAUGUGGAAGCGAAGCUACUGAGACUACCAUACCGCCGGCCACAGUUGAAUCACCAGUCGAGGAGUCACCAGUCGAGGAGUCUCUACCCUCGCCGGAACGACCCUCGUCGCCAUCUUCGUCCGAGGGGACGCGACGGGAAGUGUGGAGCACCAAAGUCUUCAAUGCUGUCGCCGCCGCUAACUACAAUCCGGCCACAGAGCCGGCGGCAAAGUAUGUGAAUCCGCCACGUCAGCAGUCCGAGCUGCUGGAGUCUACUUUCGCGGCAAAGCCAAAGAGAGUGUACCCAAUGCGCUCGCCAUUCUUCAACCCCGAUCUCUGGCUGGACUGUGAUGCCUAUUUCUAGGGAGCUCCAAGCCAAUCUCAGGAAUAUCUAAUAUUCAGGAUGAAAUCAGCGUCGUCUUCCAGCGGAUGUCAGCAGAGCUGUCCGCUUCUCUGAAGAUUUCACAAUAAAAUGAAACUUUCAAGACCCAUGCAAUGGACUCAAAGCUGUAUAUAAUUUCAUGAAUACACAAACAUUCAGCUUCGUAAGGAAAAUGUUUAGAUGCCUCAGCACUUUGGAUAUCGAGUUCGAGCCCUGCGAUGACUAUAAUGUUUAUGACACAGAUAACGAUCGAUUUUCGAUGAGCUCAGCUAAGAAAUUCGAGCCGUUAAUUGCUCGGGUUCCUAUGUAUUAAGUACGUUAUGUACAUCUGUAUGUAUAUAUUUAUCUGUACAUAUAUUUUACAUAUAUAUUUAUGUAUAAGAAUUAAGCAUAAAGAAUGAGAAUAAGAAUAAAGAUAUGAUACAUACACAGUCGGCCAAGCAAAAAGUCGUUGCUACUACGU